UGUGACCUCAUCACUGACAUCAUAUCCCUUAAGGCUGGCCCUGGCGAAGGACAGCCAACACCUCUAUGGGAGCCAGGUGACCUCGAGGCUACAUUAGGAAGCGGAGUCCGGAGGUCGUGGGUGAGUGGACCUCCCUCAACACCUGCUGGUCCCUGCACCCAGGUGUGCUUUCUGCAGCACCUGGGCUUCUACGGGCCCUCGGGUGGUCCUGCAUUCUGCGCUUGAGGAGUAUGGCUCGGGCUAGGGAAGAAGCAGGGGACAGCAGGCUGGUGUCUGGUAGGGAGCCGUCAUCAUGCAUCAUCAGAGUGUCUGUCAAGACCCCACAGGACUGCCAGGAAUUUAUGCUGGCGGAAAAUAGCAGCGUCCACCACUUUAAGAAACAGAUCUCCAAACGCCUUCACUGUGACACCAACCGUUUGGUGCUCAUCUUCACUGGAAAGAUCCUCCGGGAUCAAGACAUCCUGAGCCAGCGUGGCAUCCUUGAUGGCACUACGGUCCACUUGGUGGUGAGGACCCGUCUGAAAGGAACUCUGCCUGGUCCCGGAACCCUGUCAGGCCGCACUGGCCACUGCACGCAUCUUUCUGAACCCUCCACCUCGGAGAGUGCCGGGAUGCUGGCCAGGCUGGGCCGGCUGGCCCGGAGCUCACCUGAUCUGGCUGACUUUCUCGGCCAGCUGGCUCAACUCCUAGUGGCCGCACCUGAGUCAGUGGUGCAGCUCUUGGAGAGCCCUGCGGUUCAAGGCCUGGCAAAUGAGAAACCAGCCGAUGCCAGCCACGCUCCCGAAUCCUCAAGGCUAGUACAGAAACCUGAGUCAGCUCUUAAGGCUCUGGAAACCUUGCAGAACCCGGCCCGGCAACAGGAGCUCCUGCAGGCCGAUAAGCGGGAGCUGGAGGCAUUGAAGGCAGUGCCAGGUGGUGACAAUGCUGUGCGUCCAGUCUGCUCUGAUAUCCAGCAGCUCUUGCUCUUCACUCCGGCCCCGCUGGGUGCCUCCAAAGGCCACAACCCAGGUUCAGAGCUUUGCAAAGAGGAGGCCAGCCCUCACGUCAACACUGACCCUACCGCCAUCCCCACAGCCUUGGCACCAGCCAGGCCAUUGGUGCAGAAGGUCAGGGCAGGAGAAGUUACCCAGGCCAGGUGUGUGGCCUCCAAUCAGGCCAAUCCAGGAUAUGGGACUGGCAUGCCAGAUGUAAACUCAGGCCAGGAUCUCCUCUCCCAGGAGAGCCAGCAGCCUGCAGGGAGAGUCACUGUAGCCAGUCAGCUGAGACCCUCGCCCUCUGCCUUGCGUAGGGCAUCGCACGUCCUGCAACAGAAUCCAACUCGGCUACACCAGCUGGCAACCGGAAGCCCCCUGCGACAUCGUAUGCCGCUACUUCCCAUCCUGAGCAACCCACGAGCCCUGCAGGCAUUGAUACAGAUAGAAAAGGGCCUGCAGAUACUGUCCAAGGAGGUGCCUGGGCUGGGACCUUGUUUAUGGGGUCCAGGUAGGCCACAUGGGAUUAGAGAACCCCCGGAAACCAGGGGUGGAGGGCAGGGUCAGAGAGCAGACUCUGUGCAGCCCACCUUGGCUGUUCUUCAGCUUCUCCAUGCACUGGCCAAUGCCUGCUCCCAGCCCACACAAUCCUCGUCAUCCUCAUCCCUCCUCACUGAAGGCUGCUACCAGCAAGACCUGGAGCAUCUGAAGGUUAUGGGGUUUGCUAACUGUAAUGCCAAUCUGCAGGCCCUUGUGGCCACGGGAGGAGACAUUCACGCUGCCAUUGAGAGGCUGCUGGGGGUACCAGAGGCCCGGGCCCCUCCAGCUGAUGCCCACAGCGCACCACCUCAUGGAGAGGGAGGGAGAGGAAGGGGAGGGGAGGGGAAGUAGCAUAUUUUGAAUUCCUCUUACUCAGAUCACAUGCACACUUGAACA